UUUGUUCCUGUUAAUCCCAAGCCGUUUCUGAAUGAGCUUACGGGCAAACCGGUGAUUGUGAAACUUAAAUGGGGAGGAGAAUACAAAGGCUACCUUGUCUCUGUCGAUGCUUACAUGAACUUUCAGCUGGCCAACACCGAGGAAUUUCAGGAGGGCGUCUCUGUAGGCACAUUGGGUGAAGUGCUGAUUAGAUGUAAUAAUGUACUUUAUAUUCGAGGGGUGGAUGAAGAUACGGAUAUGAAAUAA